UUCACUUCUCUUAACAGAGCAGUGCGUGACGCAGAUAAAGAUAUUCGACCAGACAACGUCGCAUUGUAUUGUAUUGUAUUGUAUUGUUUGAGGUCGCAGAUUCAGAAAGAAAGACAGAGAGACUGUUACCUGCUAACCGUCACUUUGAUUGGACUCCAUCACCCACCGUAACGUCUCUCUCCCAAAUACUUCCUCCUCAGCAUUCAAAACUUUAAAACCUUUUGAACCCACUACUUUAUACCAUUGGUUUCCACAUACAAAUCAACAAUACUUUAUUGUUUCCUUCUGUGAAACCAGAGAUUUGUGAACAUAGCGUUUUUUGGACCUGAGGAUCUAGGGUUUUUUUUUUUUGUUUUGAGAUGGCGACUUUGGAGGAGAAGGUGGUUGCAGUGAUCAUGGUGGGUGGACCCACCAAAGGUACAAGGUUUCGGCCGCUUUCGUUCAAUACUCCAAAGCCUCUCUUCCCUUUGGCUGGUCUGCCAAUGGUUCACCACCCUAUCUUAGCUUGUAAAAGGAUUCCCAAUUUGGCACAAAUUUUUCUCAUUGGAUUCUACGAGGAGCGAGAGUUCAGUUUAUAUGUAUCUUCAAUCUCCAAUGAGCUUAAAGUCCCAGUGAGAUAUUUGAAAGAGGACAAACCUCAUGGUUCAGCUGGUGGCCUCUAUUAUUUCAGGGAUCUGAUUAUGGAAGAUGCACCUUCACAUAUUUUUUUGCUGAAUUGCGAUGUUUGUUGCAAUUUUCCACUUCCAGACAUGCUUGAGGCACAUAGAAGGUAUGGUGGAAUGGGCACAUUGUUAGUAAUCAAGGUUUCUGCUGAAUCGGCCAACCAGUUUGGUGAGUUGGUUGCUGAUCCAAUCACCAAUGAACUGUUACAUUAUACAGAGAAACCAGAGACUUUUGUGAGUGACUUAAUAAACUGUGGUGUUUAUGUAUUCACCCCUGAAAUUUUUACUGCCAUUCAGGAUGUCUCCACACACCGGGAAGGCAGAGCUAAUCUACGUCGAGUGUCCAGCUUUGAAGCCCUGCAGUUAGCAACAAGGACCCUUCCUACAGAUUUUGUUAGAUUGGAUCAAGAUAUCUUGUCACCUCUUGCUGGAAAGAAACAACUGUAUACCUAUGAGACCAUGGACUUCUGGGAACAGAUCAAAACUCCAGGAAUGUCAUUGAAGUGUUCUGCUCUGUAUCUUGCUCAGUUUCGGUUUACCUCUCCUCAUCUCCUAGCUAGUGGAGAUGGCACCAAAAGUGCUACGAUUACUGGUGAUGUUUAUAUUCAUCCAUCAGCAAAAGUACAUCCAACUGCAAAGAUUGGUCCCGAUGUUUCAAUUUCAGCAAAUGUCCGUGUAGGAGCAGGUGUGAGGCUUAUAAGUUGCAUUAUCUUGGAUGAUGUUGAUAUAAAGGAAAAUGCAGUUGUUAUGCAUGCUAUUGUUGGAUGGAAAUCGUCUCUGGGGAAAUGGUCUCGUGUGCAGGCUGAAGGAGACUACAACACUAAGCUUGGAAUUACCAUCCUUGGAGAAGCAGUGACCGUUGAAGAUGAAGUUGUGGUAAUUAACAGCAUUGUUCUCCCAAAUAAGACCCUUAAUGUCAGCGUACAGGAGGAGAUCAUUCUGUGAGAAUGAUGAAACUGAGAUUCCACAAGAACUUGGCAGUCCUUCUCACUUGAGUUUCCUUUCUUUUACCUUUCUAUAUCAAGAGUAAAUCAUAUUGCUGAAGAAGAGAUGAUUCAACAGGAUAGGAAUCUUCUUUGCCACCACAAGUGUGUAAUGUUGAGAAAGCUGAUCUCUUUCUCUCUUUAACAGGUAUUUUUCAAGAGAAAAAAAAUAAAAUCAUAUUUUUGUUCUUUACCUUAUUUGGACCCAGAGUUUGUACGCAAUGCGCAUAACUAAGUCGAUGCUUUGAGAUUUCUGUUACAAAAGGUUAUAAUCUGACCUUUAAUUUAAAGCUAAUACAUUUCCCUUUUCUACACA